GCUGCCAAUAAGAACAUCCGAGGGAGUAAGUUUAGUUUCAUCUUUGCCAGAGCCUCUUUGUGCAGGGAGAGGAGGCAAGGCUGCUCACCAGAAGAGGACCUGGGAAUGGCUGUCCCAACCGUUGUGACGAUCCAGCCGCAGUACGGUGGGGCCAUGUCCUCUGUCUCGAGAUGCACAUGGCAGACAGGCCUGAUGGACUGCUGCUCCGACUGUGGCGUCUGCUGCUGCGGGAUGUUCUGCUUCCCCUGCCUGGCAUGCCAAGUGGCUGGGGACAUGAACGAGUGCUGCCUGUGUGGGACCAGUGUAGCCAUGAGGACCCUGUACCGCACCAGAUAUAACAUCCCGGGGUCCAUUUGCUCUGACUGCUGUGUCACCCUGUGGUGCACUGUUUGCUCUGUUUGCCAAAUGAAGAGAGACAUUAACCGCAGGAGGGAGCUUGGCAUAUUCUGAUGCUGCCAUCCUCACUGCAUUCUUGGAGCUGCUGCAAGCAGGAGUCACCACUGCUCUGACUGUUGGAAAAUGCACCAUGUGGAGCUUGCCUUGACUGCAUUUGAUUUCCCCUGCUUAACUGCAGAAAUAAAGUUUUGAGUUUGUCUUCCUA